AAAUUAAUUAAAAAAAAUGUUAAUGGAUAAAUUCUCCUUUAUUUGAAAAAUAAAAUCAGAAUCAGAUAUCGAUAAUGGGAAAAAAAACAAUUAAGAUUAGUUAUAAAAUAAUUAUUUAAAAUGUAUCAAUUCAAUUACUGGUGAAAUGAAUGAUGAAUUUCCUAUAAUCAUAAAAUACAAAAAAUUCGUUUUUAAAACAGAACAUAAUAGACUAUCAUUGUCAAGGGUUUAUCCGUUUCCGCCCAAUAUCAUGAAAUCAAUAGAACUUCUCCAGCAUCGUAUAUAAAAUGUAUUCUAAGGGCAUUAUCGAUAAAAAAUACUAACAUCCGCCCUCCCCUCUUUCACUAUAUAUAAUUACAUAUGAAAACAAAAUUGCUCUUUGUCCCAAAAAACUCUAAUGGUUUAUCUUUGUUUGAAAUUAUAAUAUUUAAAGAACGCGAAGAGAAAAAUAUAUGGAUGCAAAUAAUGGAAAUUAUAAAGAAAUCUUCUAAACCAUGAACAACGAACUAAUAUUUUGAUAUAAUAUGCAGAUUUGAUUAAAAUUUCUACCUUCUUCAAAGCUAACAAAUUUCUUUUUUAUACUUUCCGUAUUCUUUUUUCUUGCAAAUAUUUUUUUAAAAAUGGUGAUAAAUAACCAAAUAUCGAUAAUAUUGAUACUUUUAAUACUCGCUUUAACCAGUAAACCUACUUCGGGCUUUUUUGAAAAAAGGCAAAAGUCUUCGAGUUUAGUAAAUUCUCAUAAUUCGAUAGUCACCAUUGAUUCCUCUCAUCAUGACCCGGCAUCAGCAAAGGAAGAAGUUCGCUAUCGGGUUGCGGCUGUUGAGUACGGGCAUGUUGAAAAACCAUUUAUGCUCUCCGUUUGGGUUCUUCUUGCCAGCUUCGCCAAAAUAGGGUUUCAUCUUUCACCCAAACCGUCUUCCUAUGUUCCAGAAUCGUGUAUGUUGAUUUUCCUGGGGGUUUUGACCGGCAUAAUACUGUUUUUCAGCGAGGUUGGACACAUCGAAUAUACGUUAUCAACCUCAGUGUUCUUCUUGUUCCUGCUACCUCCUAUAGUUCUGGAAGCCGGCUAUUUUAUGCCUAGAAGACCGUUUUUUGAGAAUAUAGGCACAAUUCUAUUGUUGGCAGUUGUUGGAACAUUAUGGAAUACUCUUUCGAUGGGUUUCGCUUUGUGGGGUAUUUCACGUUCAGGAUUAUUUGGGAUCGAUGUGCCAUUAUUGCAUUGCCUACUAUUUAGCAGUUUGAUAUCGGCAGUAGAUCCCGUAGCCAUUUUAGCUGUGUUCGAAGAGGCUCAAGUCAAUGAAAUUUUGCACAUUGUAGUCUUCGGAGAAUCUCUUUUGAAUGAUGGAGUGGCUGUGGUUCUGUACAAUAUGUUUGGGACUUAUAGUAAAAUCAAAGCCGAAAAUAUAAUUUCCAGCGAUAUCGUAGCAGGCAUAUUAUCAUUUUUUGUGGUGGCAUUAGGUGGAACCAUCAUAGGAAGCAUAUUCGCAUUUUUUACCGCAUGGCUUACUAAAUACACUGAAAAGGUAACAGUCAUAGAACCGUUAUUCAUAUUUUUGCUAGCUUAUGUUUCCUAUUUGGUCGCCGAUAUGUUCAAAUUAUCCGGAAUUUUGGCUAUCGUGUUUUGUGGGCUUAUAAUGAGGAAAUAUGUGGAAGCCAACAUAUCACCGAAGUCAACGACAACUGUUAAAUACACGAUGAAGAUGUUGAGCAGUAUGUGCGAAAGCAUAAUAUUUCUCUUCCUGGGUCUGUCAACCGUUGUUGAUACCCAUGUGUGGAAUACGGCGUUUACCCUUUUCUCCAUCUUGUUUUGCCUCUUGUUCCGGGCUAUAGGAGUACUAAUCAUGAUAUCUUUGCUGAAUAGGCGCCGACUAGUCAAAAUGAACACAGUUGACAUUUUUAUUUUGAUUUAUGGUGGUCUGAGAGGGGCUAUUUCAUUUUCCUUAGCUAUGCUUUUGGAAGAGGAAGCCAUUGGACUCAGCACUAAGCGCAUGUUCGUCACGACCACGGUCACCAUAGUUAUUUUUACAUCCUUUUUUCAGGGUCUCACCAUACGUCCUCUUGUGGAGUUCUUACGUGUUAAAAAGGCAUCUGCCAAAGAUAAAAAUAUGGGAGACAUAUUACUAGAAAGAUGCUUUGAUCAUCUCUUGGUUGGAAUCGAAGACUUAAUCGGCAAUAAAGGCAGAAAUCGAGUUCGGGACCAAUUUGAAGUCUUUGAAACAAAAUAUCUCAAGCCAUUCUUGAUGAAACAAAUGCCAACUUCCAGAGAAAAUAAACUGGUUCAGGUAUGCACCAAACUAAAUCUUAAAGAUGCUAAUGAAUACAUACACAAAUUUGGCGGUGAUAUACAUGCUUUCAAAAAAGAUUUAUCUAUGCUUGUUGAUAGUCAACUCGUUGGUGAAAUGCCAGUUGUUGAUACGUCACAUUUAGAUCCGGUUUACUCCAAUAGAGAAGAAGCUGAUAAAUGGCAUUAUAUGAUGGAAGAUAUAAUGUACCAGCCAAGACAGAGAGUGAAAAAAUACAGCAGGCAUAUGCUCUUCGACAAUCCAUCUCACAUUAACCUGCAAAUCACCCCUUCGUAUCGACAUACUUCUAAGCUUAAAACCACUCGGCCUUUGCUGGAAUCCAAUAAGAUUCAUAAAAGAAGACAAAUCACUGAAAAAUCGAAAGAUGAAAGCAUCAAAUACAAAGAACAUUCAAAAUUAUCUGGUAUAAGUGGAGCUUUGAGACGAUUCUCCCUUAGUAUAACGGGCUCUCCUUCCCGUGAUUUGGGAUCCAUUAAUAAAAAGAAUGACAAAAGAGGCAGCAAAGAUUCUGAGGAAGGCUUGCGAUUUUUUUCGGAUACUCCUAUGCACAACGUCGGAGAUGAAAAUGGUGGGAACAAAGUUCAAUCUGUCAACAGUCCUACAACAUCCUCUGAUAUAUCCUUUGAUAAUGUUUCAACCAAAGCAUUUACCCCCGUUACAUCCCCUACGGGUAGCAAUAAACACGUAAACUUUGUAUUACCUGCGAAUGGCGUCGAGAAAUCUACUCCUAAGCCCGCUUCUAAUAAAAAGGUUACUAAUAAAUUUGGAUCAUAUAUGGAUGACGGGGUAGAUCAAGAGGAAGAAAGAUUGAUAAAAAAUGAUAUAGAUACCGACUCAUCUCACGAGACUCCGCCCUCAGUAAAAACACUACAAGUUUUGCAACCGAUUAAGCCAGCGCCCUUAGCUCCUAAAAUGGACAUGAAAGAUGGUCUACCUUCUCCAAUUCUUUCGCAACUCGCUGAAAUAAGGGAAGAGACACCCAAAGAAGCGGAAGAUAAAUUGUUUGAUAUAAAGAAAGAUAACGAAGAAGUUGAUGAUCGACCUGUCCAGGAUGAGCAACGCAAAGAGUCCUUAACUAUAGCUGAAAAGGCUCUGCCUUGGAAAACGCCAUCCCCUAACCCUCAGAAAAUGCCAAACCCUCCUAGAAAAAUGAGCGACUCAUACGCUCACUCCCCUGCUCACCUAACUUCUUUAAUGGAUAACGACCCUUCUCCUCCCAUAAGUAACAGACAAAUUCACUUAGCCAAAGGUGCUAAAAACUUAUUAAACAUCGCAGGAGAAGGAUCAGAAGAUUCAUUUGUCUCUGCCCUAAGUCCUCGAUCUUUAGUAGGCGGUUCAGUAAUUAGUCUUGGCGAGGAGAUGAAGACUUCAGUAAAGAAAAAAGGGAUUCAAGAUAAGUCGAUUAUUGUGGAACCGGCUGCGCAAGUUAACUUUAAACCGGCUCCCAAGUCAAAUAAGGGAGCACCUAGCCCGGAAGGAUUACAGAAGGAUACUUUAUAAAUAAACGAUUUGAUAUUUCUGAAAAUUUUAUCAAAUAUGAACCUUUUAUAAAUUUUAAAAACAUUUUGGUAUUUGGUGUAUUAAAAAUGGUGGUAUAGUUUAUAGAUAAAAUUCCUAAAUUAUUUAUUUAAUUGUAUCGACAGUUUAU